AUGGCCAUCGGCACUAGGGGUCUCGCCGCCGCCGCGAUGAUCUCCGUCGCCCUCCUGCUCCUGCUCAUCUUUCCUACCACCGCCGCGGCCGCCGCCGUUCCAAGCAUCGACGCCAGGCGGACGCGCCACCUGCCACUGCCACCAGGACUCCUGCGCGGCCCGGAGAGCGUCGCCUUCGACCACAAAGGCCAGGGCCCCUACAGCGGCGUCUCCGACGGCCGCGUGCUCAGGUGGAACGGGGACGCUCUCGGAUGGACGACCUACUCGUACAGCCCCGGCUACAGCAGCGAAGCGUGCACGGCGUCCGCCCUUCGCCCGGAGACUGCCACCGAGAGCCAGUGUGGCCGCCCGCUCGGCCUGCGCUUCCACCUCAACUCCGGCUACCUGUAUGUGGCCGACGCCUACAAGGGGCUCAUGCGGGUUGCGCCAGGUGGUGGCGAGGCGACGGUGCUGGUUACCGAGGUUGAUGGCGUGCCUCUCCGAUUCACCAAUGGGGUGGACGUCGACCAAGUCACCGGUGAGGUCUAUUUCACCGACAGCUCCAUGACCUACCAAAGGUCGCAGCAUGAGAUGGUCACGCGAACCGGAGACUCGACUGGCCGGCUAAUGAGGUACCACCCGCGGACAGGAAAGGUUGUCGUGCUUCAGUCCGGCAUCACUUACCCCAAUGGCCUUGCCAUGAGCGCCGACAGGACACAUCUCAUCAUCUCAUCGACGGGACCAUGCAAGCUACUAAGGUAUUGGAUCAAGGGCUCCAAGACUGGCACAAUGGAGCUAUUCGCCGAUUUUCCGGGAUAUCCCGACAAUGUGAGACCCGACAAGAGAGGAGGAUAUUGGGUGGCGCUACACCGUGAGAAGAACGAAGUUCCCUUCGGAGUCGAUAGCCACCUGCUAGCUUUGAGGAUAAGUGGUCAAGGACAAAUCAUUGAGGAAAUACGAGGACACAAGAGCGUCAGGCCGACCGAGAUAGUGGAGAGGAAAGGUGGAAGAUUAUUCAUGGGAUCCGUCGAGCUUCCUUACGUAUCUGUUGUCACACGCAAAUCAACGCAAAUAGAGAUCAAUUAG